AUGAAUGUCAUGAAUCAAACUAUUGUCACAGAGAUUCUUCUCCUUGGAUUACAUGAACUUCCAAGUUUUAAGACAUUAUUUUUAUUUUUCCUUCUAAUUUUCCCAAUGAUGACAGUGUACGGAAAUAGUCUUAUUAUUUGGCUGGUGGGAUCUACCAGCAGUCUCCAGUCUCCUAUGUACUUCUUCCUAACACAACUGUCACUUUCUGAUUUACUUAUAACAACAACCAUUGUUCCCAACACACUUUAUAUUACAUAUAACGAUGGAGGCUCUACAUCUGUUUCAGGUUGUGUUAUUCAGUUUUAUUUUUUCGCUUCCACUGAAGCCACUGAGUGUUUUCUCCUCUCUAUAAUGGCUUAUGACAGAUAUCUGGCCAUCUGUAACCCUCUGAGAUAUAGUUCUUUAAUGAAUCCCACAGCAUGCAUUACAUUGGCUUUCAUCUCUUGGUUGUUAGGCUUUUCAAUGGAAUUGAUUGUACUAAUAUCAACAAUGUAUCUUCAGUUUUGUGGCCCAAAUGUCAUUGACCAUUUUUUCUGUGACCUUGCCCCAUUAUUAAAACUUUCUUGUUCAGACACUAUUUAUGUUGAAAUGGAAGUUCUCAUAUUGAGCGUACCAAUUUCUUUUAUUCCACUUGUAAGUAUUGCUGUUUUUUAUGCAUAUAUUGUUCAGGCUGCACUUAGGAUAUCCACCAUGAGUGGAAGAUCAAAAGUCUUCUCCACUUGCAGCUCCCACCUGAUCGUGGUUUCUAUAUUCUACGGUACACUAACUGGAAUUUAUUUGCUUCCAACCAAAAAUAAAUCUACGACUGUCAACAAAAUGUUAUCCUUGUUAUACACUGUGGUGACUCCGAUGAUUAAUCCAAUCAUUUACAGUCUGAGAAAUAGAGAUAUUAAAGAAGCUUUCAAAAAAUGUGUUGCUUUAUGA